GCCCCAUGAACUCCAACCUUUCAGAGCAGACCCCAGCCUUGCAACUGGAGCUGAAGUCAUUCUCCAGUUUACAUGAUCCUGCCAAAUAAUUGGGUUUGUCCAUUUUUCAUCACUUUUGGAGCAUGUAUGAUACUAUCAACUGUCGCCUGUUGUCUGUUUCACAUGAGGAAGACCAGAAAUCGGAAAAGAGAGAUAACAGAAUGGGUGAAUGCCAUGAAAUAUGGGGGCAAAGUAUACCAUCCAUUACUGCACUGGAUUAAGAACAACAGUGAGUUAUCCAUUAAAACCAGAAUGUAUUCCACAGGAAAUGAGAAAUGCAAGAAGAGAAAGGUUUGGGAAACUCGUGCCAUAUCACCAGUGAGAUAUGCAAAGAGAAUGGAGGAACCAGGUGUGCUUACUUGUGAAGCAGGUGACUCUAAUAGUAUGCCGCUUGGAAACAAGCCUUUCCCCAAAUCACCAGUUUAUGUUGCUUCUGGUGAAGCUAGUUCCCUGCAUUUUCACACUAAUAGUAAACAAGCCAAUCAUAGAUCUUCUUUACAUCGGGAGAAAUUCCAACAGCAAGUCUUUCCAACCCCUGUCUUUAUGAGUGAAACAUUUGCUAAUUUUCACAAAUAUGUGAUGGAAACCGAUGGACGGCAAUCUGCCAUAGCUUGUCCAGAUGUCAGUGAUUCAUUAAGUUCUUCAGACAACCAGGUGUAUUCAGAUUCUAUUUCAACUCGACUGUCUGAUUUAAAGCCUACAAAGCAGCAGGCUUCAACCAUUACAAAGGAGUUGUGUAAGACACCAACAUUGUCGGAGUCAAACUCAGACACCCAGAAAUCCAAUGUUUAUUCAGUCCCUUUGUGAACAUUUUUUGUUUGUUUUUCAGACUCCAAAUGCUGUAUUCGAUCUAUUCAAAACCAGUUGACUUGCCAAAUUAUGGUGUUCUAAAAAAAUCUGCAUCAUUUCAAGAUUCCAUGAUUCUCGCAGCUGAAUAAUCAGCAUGUUUUUUAAAUCUAUUCUUCCCUGAAAUCAAUUCCAGCUCGUAUCAAAAGUAUUACCUUCAAAUUUCACUUUACAAUUAAGUA